CACAAAUUGGAGGGGUUACAUCGUAUCAGCACGGGCCCAAUCACAGCUUUGAGAGAAUACGGGAGAAUCUUCAGAAGAGGGGCCUCCAGUGCACGUGUGUUUGUAGUAGAUAAGAUUUUGUUUGAUCUUUAUGCUUAAUAUUUAGGUAAGAGUUAAUUUCUAGGAGGGGAAAGUGUGGCCAAUUCGAGGCAACAAUGGAUGCGUCUCCAAAUCCCCAGACAAAGACAGUUGGAAACAUUCCGUCUCCGUCAGCAGCCAACUUGGCCACGUUGCAGUCCUACAGGCCGCUGGUGAACGAUGUUUACGCGCCACCCUCCUUGGGCUUCACACAGGGAUCCAGCAGCAGCCAGGUACCCCAGAGUAAGUAUUCAGAGCUGCUGGCCAUCAUCGAGGAGCUAGGGAAGGAGAUCCGGCCCACCUACGCCGGCAGCAAGAGUGCCAUGGAGAGAAUAAAACGAGGUAUCAUCCAUGCCAGGGGACUGGUGCGGGAGUGCUUGGCAGAGACUGAGAGAAAUGCCAGGUCCUAGCUACAGAAGCACUACCCUCUCCUGUAGAAGAACCAAUACUCUCACUCACCAUGUCAAAGACCACUGCAUGGCACAUCCUCUAAAAAGAGGAAUGGGAAACAAAAUAAGGGAUGGUUAAAAAGGUCAAGAAAAUGUUUCUGAAAGGUUAAGAUUUGAGAAAAGGAGGGAAAGGGGACACUAGAAUAGAAUUCAGAAUUCAACGGAUUUGGUUUUUCUUCAUGCCUCGUUUUGGGGUCACAGUUUCCUGACUUCAUAUUUAAAAUUAAUAGUAAUUUUUGCAUGCAAAUGUAUGGGUCCAUCAUGGCCUUCAGUUAAUUGUAGACAUUGCAUGACUUGUACCGGAUUAGACUAGGAGAGGAACACUUUUUGGUAGAUGUUGGUCUGAAUUCCAGACCCUUAAUGGUUGACCAAGUGAAGGACAGAAAUGUGCCAAAUACAUUGGUUCAUUCAUGUUGAGGUUCUUUUUUGGGAUCAAUAAUGAAAAUGCUGUUACUUGCAUCUUUGUAUGUAUUUAUUACUUGUGUAAUAAAAUGUAUUUUCAAUACAAA